AUGCCCAAUUUUUCCGCCGAUACUACCAUUGAGUCGACCAGCGUUCCUACAUCGUCGUCUUCCCCCAAUUCUCAUCCAGUCUCUUCCAACACCAACUUCAACAAGGCUGCCCGCACAAAUGUGAAAAACCCUGACGCUCCUCGCCCUUACAAAUGCCCUCUUUGCUCGAAAGCUUUUUAUCGCUUGGAACAUCAAACCCGUCACAUUCGUACCCACACUGGUGAAAAACCUCAUGCCUGCACUUUCCCCGGCUGUUUAAAGCGCUUUUCUAGAAGCGACGAAUUGACCCGCCAUGCUCGCAUUCACACCAAUGGAAGCUCCCGCAGAAAUAAUGUAUUGGCCAAUUCCGCAAAUGCAAAGGCUUUCGAACCUGCUUCCUCCUUCCAUCACCCCCAUGAUCCUUCUUCCACCACUCCUUAUAAUUCUUCCAACAAUCUCCCCGGUGUACCUUUAUCCAACGCCCAAACUUAUAAUCCUUCAAUUCCUCACGUUGGUGUUACUUAUGCUUCUGUCAACAAUCCCGUCCCCACCGUCCCCGUCGCUUUCCCUUAUCCCUUCCCUGUUUCUUCUUCCGCUUCUACUCAACCUCAACAAGCCUUCGUUCCCACGUACAAUACUACCCACCAGCCAGUUGGCGCUCCUGUUUAUAGUCAGCUUCAGCCUUCUGCUUUUGAUUCCCUUCGAGCCAAUUGUCCCAACGCUCCUGCGCCCCCCUCGGCGCUUCCAGGUUACCCUCAAAAAUCAGAGUCCGACACAAAUUUGUCCUCUAUGAACGAAAUGUACUUGUUGGCUUCUGCCGCCGCGAAUCAACUCGAUUUGGCUGCUGCUCCACCAUCAAAUGCUGUGCAUAGUACGUCUCCCAAGCAACAGAUAUCAGAUCCUUCCUCAGCCUCCUUGCCACCGCUAUCCAGCCUCACUUCUCCCAGCAAAGUUUCAAAUUCAAAUCCUCCGGGAAAUCCGCCUCCAUCUUCUUCCGAGUCGUCUCCAAAUCACACCGGUCUUCCCGUGAACCGGUCUUUUGCAAAUGGUUUUCCGUCGAAGCAACACAAUGCUUCCUUCUAUUCCGGAGCUUCUUCGCACACACCCUAUUUACCGCCCAGGUCGAGCAGCAGCACUUCCCUACAUUCAAUGUAUAGUUUUGUGCCUAGUACACAUGCUCCUCCUUCCCUGAGAUACGCCCAUUAUAAUCAUGCCCCUUAUUCUCGUCCAGGUGUUUAUGGAAAUGGAGAAGAAGAACCCUUCAGCGGCUCUGAUUUCGCUUAUUCUCGUUAUCAACGCCGCUCAAGACCCGGUUCUCCGUGUAGCACUGCUCCAAGUAGUCCUACGUUUUCAAUCAGAAGCUUUAGCCCUACCCCCGAUGUAACCCCUAUAAUGACUCCUGCUCAUUCUCCAAAAUUGAGACCGACAGACUCCGAGGCCUCUUUUGUUCAGUUACCUUCUAUCCGAUCUCUUUCUCUUCGUCCUUCCCAACCUCCCGUAAUUCCUCCUUUGGAGUGUGAUCCAAAUUCCCUGUCUUCCUCGACUCCUUCUUCGGCCGCUGUAUCUCGGACCCCGUCUUCUGUUUCUUUGAGUGGCAUGUCGAGCGCGAGUACAGGCGCGAAACCAUCCAAUGCUUCGAAUGUUGGACCCGUGCGCAUUUCUUCGAAUCGUCGAAUACGCAAAAUUUCGUCCUCCUCCCGUUUGAGUGUAAAUAAUUUGCUGUCUGCUUCUCCGCCAUCACCCGCGUCUGCUUCUUCUGCUAAAUCAUCCUAUACUAUGCCACCCGCAUUUUCUAUAGGACCAUUAACGCCUCUUACAAAGCAGUAG